AUGUCGGAAGAACCAAUUAAAGAUCAUGUGUAUUGGAUAAAUGAAGGUAAUAGACGAUAUGAAGAAGAAAUGUUUAGCCCGGACAUGUGUUUUAGCUCGAAAUUCUUAAAUUUUCUGCAGAAAAAAUGGCUAGCUUGAUCAACUUCUCUUGAGAAAAACAACUCUUUAAAUGGCAGAAAUUAAGCAGCAAGUGGCUUAGUUAUGAAAUUUGACCUAAACUGGACAAGCCAACUCGAUUUUCCAUUGGAAAUUAUUAGGAAACUCUUGCUGAAACCAUGCUCAGGCUAUAGAAGAAGCUGUUGCACACUAUAAUGAAGCAAUAAAAAUAAAACCUGAUGUUGCCUUAGCUUAUAAUAAUAAAAGUAAUGCUCUUAACAGCUUAGGCAGAUAUGAGGAGGCCAUUGAAUCUUGCAAUGAAGCAAUAAGAAUCAAACCCGAUUAUUCUGAAGCUUUUUCGACUAAAGGCAACGCUCUUAGAGACUUAGGCAGAAAACUUGAAGCAAUAAAAUGCUAUAACGAAUCUAUAAAAUUUAAUCCCGAUUAUGUUACAUACUGUAGCAAAGGUAACGUUCUCUAUGAUUUAGUAAAGUACGAAGAAGCAAUAAUCUGCUAUAAUGAAGCUAUAUUACUUAUGCUGGUCUCUGGUAAAUAAAUAGCUAAGGAGGGUAUUGGCUAGGUGAACUUUAGUUGGCUUUGCCAAGUCAGAUGUGAAUUUAAGUAACCAAAAGAUGCUCCUUGUAAAUGCUAUUCAUCCUAAAUGUUAUAAACCUAAUAGCGCUUCAGUCUACUAUAAUAAAGGAAAUGCUCUUUAUAACUUAGGAAGUAAAGUUGAAGCAAUCAAAUGCUACGAUGAAGCUAUAAAAUUUGAACCUAAUAAUUAUUCCGCUUACUUUAAUAAAGGAAAUGCUCUAAGUGACCUAUGCAGAUAUGAAGAGGCAUUAAUUUGCUGCGAUAAAGUAUUAGCAUUUAGACAGAAUAAUGCAGACGCUUACUUUAAUAAAGGAAAUAUACUUGAUAGCUUAGGAAGAAAAAUUGAGGCGAUUGAUAGUUAUAGCAAAUCAAUAGAAAUUGCUCCUAAUUAUGCUGCAUACUGUAAAAAAGGAAACAAUCUUUAUGAGUUAGAUAAAAAACUCGAGGCCAUAGAUUGCUAUAGUAAAGCUAUCCAACUGGAGCCUAAUAACCCUAUCCCAUACUAUAAUAAAGGAAAUGCACUUAAAGAUUUAUGCAAAUAUGAGGAAGCAAUAGAAUGCUACAAUAAAGCGAUAAACCUCAAACAUGGUAAUGCUAAUACUUACCUGAAUAAAGGAAAUGCUCUAAAUAGUUUAGAUAAAAAACUCGAGGCCAUAGAUUGUUAUAGUAAAGCAAUCCAACUGGAGCCUAAUAACCCUAUCCCAUACUAUAAUAAAGGAAAUGCAUUUAAUGAUUCAUGCAAAUAUGAGGAAGCAAUAGAAUGCUACAAUAAAGCAAUAGACCUUAAAGAUGAUAAUGCUAAUGCUUACCUAAAUAAAGGAAAUGCUCUAAGCAGUUUAGAUAGGAAACUUGAGGCAAUAGAUUGCUAUAGUAAAGCUAUCCAGCUGGAGCCUAAUAACCCUAUCCCAUACUCAAGUAAGGGAAAUGCUCUCAAUUUUCUAUGCAAAUAUGAGGAAGCAUUAGAGUGCUGCAAUAAAGCGAUAGAACUUAACCCUGAUUAUAUUAAUGCUCACUGUAAUAAAGGGUUUGCUCUUAGUAAUCUAGAAAGAAAACUUGAGGCCAUCGAUUGCUAUGAUAAAACAAUUAAGCUCGAACCUAAUAAUCCUAUGUCUUACUACAAUAAAGGAUAUGCUCUUGAUUGUUUAAACAAAUACGAAGAAGCACUAGAUUGUUAUAAUAAAGCAAUAGCACUAAAGCAUGAUUACGUCUCCGCCUAUUGUAAUAAAGGUAAUAUUCUUUGCGAGUUAGAUAGGAAACUUGAAGCAAUAGAGUGCUAUGAUAAAAUAAUAGAACUUGAGCCCAAAAACUAUGACGCUUACUAUAAUAAAGGAAAAACUCUUAAUGAUCUAUCUAGACAUGAGAAAGCAAUAGAGUGUUAUAAUAAAGCAAUCGAGAUCAAGCCUGAUUAUUCUAGUGCCUACUGUAAUAAAGGCUAUUCACUAAGUCAUUUAGGGAAGAAAGAGGAGGCAAUAGAGUGCUAUAACAAGGCCAUUAGCAUUAAUCCUGAAGACUCCGGGUCUUACUGCAACAAAGCAGUCUCUCUUUACGACUUAGGUAAAAAGCAAGAAGCAAUCGAAAAUCUUACGACUGCAAUCACGAUUGAUCCAGCUAAUCCUUUAUACUAUUGUGAUCGAGCUAAAGUUUUUAAUAGCUUGAAUCAAGAAGCGGAAGCCUUACAAGAUUUCAAUAUAGCUUAUAAUUUGAUGAAAGAGGUGCACAUAAAUCGCAGGAAUAAAAAACUUUCCAAUGAAAAUAUUGACUGGAUUAACAAAACAUUAGAUCAAGACCGCAUUGAAUUACUUAAAAAACUUACAACUUUGCAGGAAAGCGCUAUUGAAUUUAAGGAGGAAUUCGAGAAGCUCAAAGAUGAGGUUUCUGAAAAUCCAGAUUUAAAAAGAGAAAUUGAUGAACAGUAUAAAAUAAUUAAAGCCCAACAUUCGCAAAUUGUUGAAAGAGCAGUGGACUGCUUAAAUUCAAAUAAUAAUAAUGAGUCGAACUCAGAAAUACAAAAUUUAACAAAUGAUAUGAAUAAAUUUAAAAUAUCUACUGAAGAAGAAAUUAGUUAUCUCAGAUCUUUGAUCCAGAAAGUAGAUCAAGAAAAAGUUAAUCGGGAAGAAGUAGAGCCUUAUGCUUUGAAAGUCUGCUCUGAGAUUGAAAGAAGCCCUAAUGUACUUAAAAAAUAUUAUGAAGCCUUAUAUAACAGGCUACAUAAUUCUCUAAAGGAGGCUGAAAUCAUCUGCAAUAGUGGGAAUCUUGCCAUAGAUACACAAAAUUAUAAAAUUUCAGCCUUUUCCCAAGCAUUACAAUUAACUCCAAUGAUAGGAAGCAUGCUUAGCAACGUUUUUUCUAAAGCUGCAGAAGUAAUAUCAGCGCAUUAUAUCAAAAAGCAUGCUGUAAAGCUAAUAAAUACUUUAGGCUUAAAUCCUGAUGCGCGAGAAAAUGUUAUUAAAAGAACAGCAGAAACUUCUACUUUACGAAAUAGAAUCAAAAUUUGCGAUGUCGAGCAUAAUCCUGAGGUAAAUCUUUGGAUAAAUAAAGGAUUGAUUGCUAAAUGCAAAGACUUUUUUAUGGUAAAUAUAGAAGAUAACCUCUAUCAAAGCAAUCAUCAAAUUUUAGGCUGCAUUGAUGCUUUAAAAAUAUUAUACACAAUCCAGCACAAUGAAUUUGCAAAAGAUUUAUCUUCAGAGGAAACUGUUAGUAUUCUGGUUUUAACAUCUGCUUCCUAUGAUUUCUCUAAAGCAAGAACCAUUACUGAACAAAAGAAAAAGCGAUCUUGUGCUUGUAAUGCUUUCUUAAUAAAGAAUUUAGAAUAUAAGCAUUUCCUGCUAAACAAGCCAGGCUUACUUAAACACUUGAGCAUUAGUACAAAUUUGCCAUACUAUAAAGUAAUUAAUUAUAGUAUUGAGCUAGAGCAGCUUGGGCACAAUGUGUAUGAACUUGAUAUUGAGACAUUAGCGAACUUAAUGAUAAGUCUUGAAUAA